AUGUGCAAGAAAUCAGAUCUGUCUGCCUUGGUGGUGGAUAAUGGGUCAGGGAUGUGCAAGGCAGGCUUUGGUGGUGAUGAUGCCCCCAGGGCUGUGUUCCCUUCCAUGGUGGGACGGCCCCGGCACCAAGGGGUCAUGGUAGGCAUGGGCCAGAAGGACUGCUACGUGGGGGAUGAGGCCCAGAGCAAAAGAGGCAUCCUGACCCUGAAGUACCCGAUUGAGCAUGGAGUGGUCACCAACUGGGAUGAUAUGGAGAAGAUCUGGCAUCACACCUUCUACAAUGAGCUCCGCGUGGCACCGGAUGAGCACCCCAUCCUCCUCACCGAGGCACCCCUCAACCCCAAGAUCAAUCGGGAGAAGAUGACUCAGAUCAUGUUUGAGGCCUUCAACACACCUGCCAUGUAUGUGGCUAUUCAGGCCGUGCUGUCCCUCUAUGCCUCGGGACGGACCACAGGCAUCGUGAUGGACUCCGGGGACGGAGUCACUCACACUGUGCCCAUCUAUGAAGGUUAUGCCCUGCCCCAUGCCAUCCUGCGUCUGGAUCUGGCAGGCAGAGAUCUGACUGAUUACCUCAUGAAGAUCCUGACAGAGCGAGGCUAUAACUUCACCACCACAGCCGAGCGGGAAAUUGUACGUGAUGUCAAAGAGAAGCUGUGCUACGUGGCCCUGGACUUUGAGCAAGAGAUGGUCAGUGCUGCUGCAUCCUCCUCACUGGAAAGAAGCUAUGAGCUGCCUGAUGGGCAGGUGAUCACCAUUGGGAAUGAACGUUUCCGAUGCCCUGAAGCCAUAUUCCAGCCUUCCUUUCUGGGCAUUGAAUCUACUGGGAUCCACGAGGCAACCUUCAACUCAAUCAUGAAAUGUGAUGUGGAUAUUCGCAAGGACCUAUAUGCCAACAUGGUGUUGUCCGGAGGCAGCACUAUGUACUAUGGCAUUGCUGACCGGAUGCAGAAGGAAAUCGUAGCCCUGGCACCGAGCACCAUGAAAAUCAAGAUCAUAGCUCCCCCAGAAAGGAAGUAUUCCGUUUGGAUUGGGGGCUCCAUCCUGGCCAGCCUGUCCACAUUCCAGCAGAUGUGGAUCAGUAAGCAAGAAUACGAUGAGGCUGGUCCUCCCAUCGUUCAUAGGAAAUGUUUCUGA